AUGGCUCGCUAUCGACACAAAGCAUCACGGGCUCGCACACGACGCGAGGAGCAGAGAAUAACCAAACAGCGCAGUCGUCGACUGCAGUUGAAGAACGAGCAAUGUGUAGUUGGAACUCUGAAGAACUCAAGCCCAUUAAAGUCUCUAGGUGAUUCUGGCGGAUGUGAAUACCUGCAUUUUGUGAAUAAAAACCAAUACUCUCUCCAGGAUAGUGACGGGAGCAACGUCGGUUGGGACAAGGUCAUUUUCAAGAAAGGAUUUGAUGUUCAGGAUAUUAACAAGCUAGCGAAGGAGGUGGUUGGAAAGAUCCUGCGCCAGUUAGAGAAGCAGUAUUCUGCAGGCGAAAUAUAA